UUGUUAUAUCUCUGUCUUUCAGGAGAAAACCUCUAUAGUCCUGCAAAAUCAACCGCUAAUUUCUGCAUCCAUCAUCCUGGACUUCAGAAGAAGUGGUGAAUCAGAGGGAUUACUUCCAUUUUCAGACUCAUCACAAAACUAAAAGGUCAAGAUGAAAUCCAUCGAGCAGAACGCUACAGCAAAGCAAAAUGGAUGUGAAGUCCAUGAACCUGUGGCAGGCAUAUUUCUGGAGAAGACAGGAGAGAAGAUCACAAUUUAUCAGGCAAUGAAACAACGUUUGCUUAAACCAGGGACUGCAUUAGCUCUACUUGAAGCACAAGUUGCCACAGUGGGUAUUAUAGAUCCGAUUGGCAAUCGAAUACUUCCUGUUGCAGAUGCUGUUAAAGAGGGUGUUGUUGGUUCAGAAAUGAGGGAGAAACUCCUUUCUGCAGAGAAAGCCAUUAGUGGGUAUAUAGACCCUUACACUAAUCAGAUGAUAUCAGUGUACCAGGCUAUGCAAAAAGAUGUAGUCCCCAGAGAUUAUGGAUUGAGGCUACUGGAAGCACAGAUAGCCACCAAGGGUAUCUUUGACCCUGUGGAGAAGACAACCCUUUCAGUUGAUGAUGCAAUUCAAAAGGGUCUUUAUGAAAAGUCUUUGAUCAGUGACCAGAUGUCAGAGCUGAGAGUCUUCUACAAUCCAAGCACACAAGAAAAUCUUAACUACCGAGGCCUUCUGGAAAGAUGCACUGUGGAGUCUGACACUGGCUUAACGCUUCUUCCUGUCUGCAUUGCCUUCAAAGGUCUGCGAAAAGGCAUUUCCUCAAGUGAACUAUUAGCGUCAAAAAUCAUUGAUCAGAAAACCUAUGAAGACUUGAAAACCGGAAAAACCACCACGCAAGAUGUGAUGUUGAUGGAAACUGUGAAAGAAUACCUGGAAGGUAAAGGCAGUAUAGCAGGAAUUGCUGAUCUUUCAAAUGGCCAGAGAAUGAGCAUAUAUCAAGCCAUGAAGCAAGGGAUACUGAUGCCAGGUACAGCUCUUGUUUUGCUGGAAGCACAAGCAGCAACUGGGUUUAUGAUCGAUCCUGUAGAAAACAAAAAGUACACUGUAGAUGAAGCUAUUAAGCACAAACUUGUUGGCCCUGAAUACCAUUUGAAGCUUCGUUCUGCUGAACGAGCGGUAACCGGAUACAAAGAUCCAUAUUCAGGAGACACUGUAUCCUUGUUUCAAGCAAUGUCAAAAGAUCUCAUCGUCAAGGAACAUGGAAUUCGACUUCUGGAGGCACAAAUUGCGACAGGUGGGAUAAUUGAUCCAAUCAACAGCCACAGGCUUCCCACACAAGUGGCCUUCAAGAGAGGCUUUUUUGAUGCAGAAAUGAAUGAGAUACUAGAAGAUGAAGGAGACGACACAAAAGGAUUUUUUGAUCCAAACACAGAAGAGAAUUUAACAUACCUCCAGCUGAUCGAAAGGUGCGUUAUCGAUCCCGUCACCGGAUUGUGCCUUCUUCCUCUACAUGAUAAGACAGGGAAAUUUAAUUCUAGCUUUAUAGAUUACAUAACAAAAACAGUCUUCAAAACGGAGAAGGUCAAAGUGGCAUGUGGGAAGUACAUGGGAAUGGAGGUAUCUUUGUGGGAACUACUGAUGUCAGAGUAUUUUGAUGAACAGCAGAGGACAGAUAUAUUUCUGAAAUACAGGGAAGGAAAGGUAAAUAUUGAGACUAUCAAAAAAAUAGUUUUGCAAACCAUAGAGACAUCUGUAAAAUCAACAAAAACUGUCUUUGGGGGCAUCAGGGAAUCUGUCACAGCCAAGCAGCUUGUUGAAGCAGAAAUUAUCAGCAAGGAUGUGCUGGAGGAUCUGGAAAAGGGAAGAAAGUCGGUAAAAGAUGUAAUGGAAGAUGAAAAUAUAAAUGUGUACUUACAGGGAAAAGACAGCAUUGCAGGUAUUCUGCUUCCAGAUUCCCAAAUUAUGACUAUCUACCAAGCAAGACAAAAAGGAAAGCUAAUGCCAGGGACGGCUCUGAUUCUACUGGAGGCACAGGCAGCAACUGGCUUCAUUAUUGACCCUAUUGGAAACAGGAAGUUUUCUGUGGAUGAUGCUGUCAAAGCUAAGGUUGUGGGACCAGAUGUUUGUCACAAGUUGCGGUCAGCAGAGAGAGCAGUGACUGGCUAUAAAGAUCCACAUGAUGGAAAAAUAAUUUCCCUGUUCCAAGCAAUGCAGAAGGACCUGAUCGUGAAAGACCAUGGGAUUCGACUUCUAGAGGCACAGAUUGCCACUGGUGGUAUCAUUGACCCAGUAAACAGCCACCGAAUCCCUGUGCACGUAGCCUAUAAGAGAGGGUACUUCAGUGAGGAGAUGAAUCAGAUUUUGAGUGAUCCAAGUGAUGACACCAAAGGUUUCUUUGAUCCAAAUACACAUGAGAACCUGACAUACUUGCAGCUAAUGGCCAGAUGUGUCAAAGAUCCCAGUACAGGCUUGUGCCUUUUACCUCUGAAAGGCAAAGGGAGAAAAAUAAAUAUUGAUGACAAGAUGAGAGAGGCUUUUCAAAGAACGACAAUCAAUGUCAAGUAUGGCAGAUUCAAGGGCAGCACAACUCUGUGGGAAGCAAUUAAUUCAGAAUAUCUGUCUGAGGACAGACGACAGGAGUAUUUCAAACUUUACAAAUCCAGGAAAAUCACCAUAGAGCAACUAACACUUAUUAUCAUAGAGAUAAUUGAGAGUAAGGAGAUAAAGCAGCAAGAAGAGCUCAACUUCAGAAGUCUCCGAGGAGAGGUCUCUGUUGUGGAUCUUUUGGAUCUUGAAAUUGUGGAUGAUAAAACAUACCACAAUUUAAUUGAUGGAAAGAUGUCAAGUAGUGAUUUAAUGAAGAUGGAAAGUGUCCGAGCUUACCUGCAGGGCACAAGUUGUGUAGCAGGUUUGAUACUGCAACCCUCCAAUCAAAAGCUAAGCAUCUAUGAGGCACAGAAAAUGGGUAUCCUCACCCCAGGCACUGCCCUAUGUCUCCUUGAAGCACAGGCAGCUACAGGAUUUAUUGUAGAUCCUCUUAAAAACCAGAAACUUACAGUAGAAGAAGCACUGAAAGAAAUGGUCAUUAGUCCACAAACAUACGAAAAGCUGUUGUCAGCAGAGAGGGCUGUCACUGGGUAUAAAGAUCCUUACACAGGUCAAAAGAUCUCCCUAUUCCAAGCCCUAAAAAAGGAUCUUAUUGUCAAGCAGCAUGGCAUUCGUUUACUCGAGGCUCAAAUUGCCACUGGCGGCAUUAUUGAUCCAUUGAAAUGCCUUCAUUUACCUCUAGAAGUUGCAUACAGGAAAGGUUAUUUUGAUGCAGAACUUAAUCAAAUCUUAACAGACCCCACUGAUGACACAAAGGGCUUUUUUGACCCAAAGACACAAGAAAACCUGACAUACAUGGAAAUGUUGAGUAGAUGUGUGAAAGAUAAAGAAACUGGACUCCUUCUCCUGCCACUGAACGACACACCAAAGACUACGAAAAAAACAGAAAACACCUACACGGAAAUGGAAAUAAGGCAAGAGUUUGAAAAGAAAUUUGUCACUGUAAGUGUGGGACGGUUUUCAGGAAAAUCCGUUUCUCUCUGGGACCUGAUUCACUCUUGUUAUUUUACUGAAGAACAGCAGCUGGAAAUGAUUGAAAAAGCAAAAUUGAGGCAGAUGACCACCCAAAAUAUAAUUACAUUAGUGCUCUCUGCAAUCGACAAACUGGAGAACGAAACCCUGAAAGUGACAACGGGACUGAGAAAAGAGGUCUCUGCACAGCAACUUCUCAAUUCUGAUAUAAUUGACUCAGCCAUAUUCAAACAGGUUAAGGAAGGAAAACUGGACUUUAAAGAAGUAUGCCAAAAGGAAUCCGUUGCAAAAUACCUUAGGGGAACCGAAAGCAUUGCUGGCAUCAAAAUUUAUCCAACUCAGAAUGUAAUGAGCAUAUCUAAAGCAAAACACGAAGAUCUUUUGACACCUGGCAUUGCAUUGGUACUGCUCAAAGCACAGUCUGCAACAGGAUGGGUGAUUGAUCCUGUGAACAACAAGUUCUAUUCAGUCGAUGAAGCUGCGAAAGAGAAUGUAAUUGGACCAGAUCUCCAUGAGCAGCUUCUUUCAGCUGAGCGUGCUGUCACUGGCUAUAAAGAUCCUUACACAGAUGGCACUAUAAGCCUAUUUGAGGCAAUGAAAGAAAGACUGAUUGAAAGAAGGGAAGGUCUCCUUCUUCUUGAUGCACAAAUCGCUACUGGAGGAAUAAUCGACCCAAAUCAAAGCCACAGAAUACCUUCUCAUAUAGCUAUAAAAAAGGGAUACCUUGAUGAAGAAACUCACAAACUUUUGUUAAGCCCAAGUGAUGAUGCAAAGGGCUUCUUUGACCCUAAUACCAAUGAAAAUCUAUCAUAUCUUCAGCUAAUGAGUCGAUGUGAGCGAGAUUCCAAAACUGGGCUGCUUCUUCUGCCACUGCAUAAAGAAGAGUCCAGGGUGUUUCACACAGAUGAGCAGGUGGAGCUUGCCUUUAAAAACAAGAGUAUUUCCCUAAAUGUAGGAAAAUUCAAGAACAAAGAAGUAACAGUGUGGGAGUUGUUGCUUUCUGAAUACAUCACAAAAGAAAAGAGGGAACAGCUGAUACAACAGUACAAAACAGGAGUUCUGAAAAUAGAGGAAAUAAUUGAAAUCCUCACAGUAAUUAUUACAGAGCUAUCAUCCAAACAAAGAAAGUUCAAAGGACUAAGAAAACAAGUUUCAGCAAGUGAACUGUUUGAGUCGAAGAUUAUCUCAAAGGAACUAUUCAGCCAAAUUAUACAAGGCGAAGUAAGUGAGGAAAAUGUAAACAAAAUGGAAUCCAUUCAGAAGUACCUUGGAGCUACAAACUGUAUAGCGGGUGUCAGAGUUGAAUCUACAAAAAAAGUUAUGAGCAUCUAUGAAGCUAAAAGUAGAGGUCUACUGACUCCUGGUACCUCUCUGGUUCUGUUGGAGGCCCAAGCUGCCACUGGCUUCGUCAUUGACCCGGUCAACAACAAGAAACUUUCUGUAGAAGAAGCUGUUUCUCUCGGAGUGGUAGGCAAAGAGUGGAAGAACAAACUGCUUUCAGCAGAAAGAGCAGUUACAGGGUACAAAGACCCCUACACCGGGAACACAAUUUCUUUGUUCCAGGCCUUGCAGAAAGACCUAAUUGUCAAAGAUCACGGAAUCCGUCUCCUUGAAGCACAAAUUGCAACAGGAGGAAUAAUUGAUCCAGUCCACAGUCACAGAGUGCCAGUACAGGUGGCAUACCAAAGAGGUUACUUUGAUGAAGAAAUGAACCAAAUUUUAUCUGAUGCUGAUGAUGACACCAAGGGUUUCUUUGACCCCAAUACUCAAGAAAACCUUACCUACCUGCAGCUAAUUGAAAGAUGUGCAAAAGAUCCUGUUACAGAGCUCAACUUAUUAUCAAUUGUAAAAAAAGGAGAGUUCUACUUCUAUAUUGAUGAGGCCACAAAGCUCAUUCUCAAGUCUACAACAACAACCAAAGCUGGCGGGAAAUACAAAGGGAUCACAGUUUCUCUGUGGGACUUGCUAUACUCUAAAUACAUCACAGAAGAAAAGAGGAGGGACCUUGUCCAACAGUUCAAAGCUGGAACAAUCACCAUUGAACGCUUUUUAGAAAUCAUCUUGACAAUCAUUCAGCAGCAGACCACAACAUCCACGCGAACCAUCACCACAACAAUCACAGAGACCACUGAAGACAAAACAUUAAAGGGCAUAAGAAAGGAUGUAACAGUAUCUGAGCUGGUUAAAUCAGAGAUUAUUGAUGAAAAACUUUACAAGGAAAUUACUUCUGGAAAUGUCACAGUGGCUGAAGUUAGUGAAAUGGCGUCGGUACGUAAGUACCUUGAGGGAACCAACAGCAUUGCAGGAGUAUACAUUCAGUCCACAAAGGAGACACUGAGCAUCUAUGAAGCCAAAAGUAGAGGUCUACUGACUCCUGGUACCUCCCUGGUUCUGUUGGAGGCCCAGGCUGCCACUGGCUUCGUCAUUGAUCCAGUAAACAACAAGAAACUUUCUGUGGAAGAAGCUGUAGCUCAAAGUGUGGUGGGCAAAGAAUGGAAGGACAAACUGCUUUCAGCAGAAAGAGCAGUUACAGGAUACAAAGACCCCUACACCGGGAACACAAUAUCCUUGUUCCAGGCCUUGCAGAAAGAUCUGAUUGUCAAAGAUCACGGAAUCCGUCUCCUUGAAGCACAAAUUGCAACAGGAGGAAUAAUUGAUCCAGUCCAUAGUCACAGAGUGCCAGUACAGGUAGCAUACCAAAGAGGUUACUUUGAUGAAGAAAUGAACAGGAUUUUAUCCGACUCAGGUGAUGACACCAAGGGUUUCUUUGACCCCAACACUAAGGAGAAUCUCACCUACCUACAGCUGAUUGAAAGAUGCAUUAUAGAUCCUGUCACAGGUCUCAGUCUGUUGGUCAUUGUCAAGAAAGGAGAGUUCUACUUCUACGUUGAUGAGGCCACAAAGCUCAUUCUCAAGUCUACAACAACAACCAAAGCUGGCGGGAAAUACAAAGGGAUCACAGUUUCUCUGUCGGAC